GUGUCAUUUUAUGCUCUUUGCAAGGACGUUGUCAAAGUUCUGGAUUUCAUGGAGAGGUUAGAGAAUGAAGAGGAUCAAAAUGCUGUCGACAUAGCCAAUCAAAUUGAAAAGCUGAAAUUGGUGCUGACAUUUAUUUGUACGUACGUCCAGCUUUCUCAUUGUGAUUUGGAAAUAUUUGAAAGUGUAAUGAGUUAUUCAAGACAAGAGGUUGAGGAUCUGCUUCGACCAAUUUUGGAUGAUGUUGACAUGGAUCAUGUUUUUCUUAGCCUCAUGGAUAAUAUCGAUGAUUGUAUCGACUCAUCCCAUCAUUCAACAUCAAGUUCCACCAUGACUGAUGAGCAGUUGAGCUUCCUCCUCCAGAAUCUACAUUAUCUAUCCAAGUGUUAUGCUGAACAGAUUCAUCCAUUAGAGACUCAGUAUGAGAUUCUUCCGAAUGUGUGUGGCAACAUGAAAGAUUUCCAUGGGUUGAUAGUGAAUCGUUGCAUUGAGCACGAGAUUGUUCAGUAUGUCUUGCCUCAGUUUCAACUCAUGGCUGAGAAAGUUGGAAUCCUUCUUUGGGAUGUUAUAAUUAAAGAAGACUCUCAUCUACUCAUAUGUCAUACCAAUUUGAAAGCUUCAACUUCGGCAGAAGUUGGAUGCUUCAUCAAGCAGCUCCUAGAAACCUCUCCAGACAUUAUAAGAGAAUAUCUGAUUCAUCUACAAGAACACAUGGUAAAUGUUACUACCCCUAGAACUUCAGGGGCUCGAAACAUUCAUGUCAUGAUAGAGUUCCUAUUAAUUGUUCUUACUAACAUGCCGAAGGACUUUAUUCAUCAUGACAAAUUAUUUGAUCUUUUGGCACGUGUUGGAGCACUUAUCAGGGAGGUAUCAGCUCUUCUUCGUGACUUAGAAGAAAAGUCAAGGAAUGAAGAGAGAACCAAUGAAACAAGUCGUGCAACUCUGGACUUGCUGGAAGAAAAAAUUGAACUCCUCAAGGAAGAUCUCAAACAUGUUUAUCUGAAAGCCCCGGACUCAUAUAAAUGUUGCUUCCCGAUGAAUGAUGGACUGCACUUCAUGCAUCUGCUACACAUACACUUAAAAGAUUUGCUGGAUUCCAAUUCUUAUUCAAUUGCUUUGAUAAAGGAAGAAAUUGGACAGGUGAAAGAGGACCUAGAAUUUAUAAGAUCUUCCUUCGUGAAGAUUGAGCAAGAAUUGAAUAAAGAUCUCUGGGCACGUGUUUUAGAUGUGGCAUAUGAGAUCAGGCUUAUCAUAGAAGAUGUCUCCCAAUUACCGGAGAAGAUUCACAAGAACAAGAGCCUCAUUGUUGUAAACUCUCCCAAGAAGCCAGUUGAACGAAAGUCAUUGACGGCUGAUAAAAUAAUCGUAGGUUUUGAGGAGGAGAUAAACUGGUUGAUUACUAGGCUCACCAGUGGACCGAAAGAUUUGGAUGUCAUCUCAAUCACUGGCAAAACUACUUUGGCGUACAAAGUAUACAAUGAUGAGUCCGUUUCUAGACGUUUCAACAUUCGUGCAUGGUGCACAGUUGGCCAAGAAUACGACAAAAGAAAUUUGUUGGAGAAAGUUUAUAAUCAAGUUACUGGCCCGGAUUCAAAAUUGAGUGAGAAUAUGGAUGUUGCUGAUGAGCUAAGGAGACAUCUGCUUGGAAAGAGGUAUCUUUCUGUGUUAGAUGACUUGUGGGAUACUGAUACAUGGGAUAAGUUAUCAAGACCUUUUACUCUAGUUGAAAAUGGAAGUAGAAUAAUUUUGACAUCCCGAGAUAUGGAAGUAGGUUUGUAUGGAAAGCGCAGCACUGAUCCUCUUAACCUUCGAUUGCUAAGACUAGAAGAAAGUUGGGAGUUAUUAGAGAAAAGGGCAUUUGGAAACAAGAGUUGCCCCGAUGAACUAUUGGAUGUUGGAAAAGAAAUAGCCGAAAAUUGUAAGGGGCUUCCUUUGGUUGCUGAUCUGAUUGCUGGAGUCAUUGCAGGGAGGGAAAAGACAAUGUCUGUGUGGCUUGAAGUUUGA